AUGCCUCACGCCGAAUCACCGAACCCACCAUCCUCGCCGCCUGUCGAAGACACGGUCAUGUCGGAGGCCGCUCCCGGCGCUCUCGACGAACAAGCAGAAUCCCAAAAUGAGACAACUCAGUCAUCACCAGCACCCGCAGUGGAUGAAGUAGAGAAGGCAUCGCUGGAAGACAUGUUCGACGAUGAUGAUAUGGAUGAUGACGAUGAGUUCUCGUCAAGUGCUCAGGUCAAGCCCCAACCAUCUUCGCAGCCAGAACCCAAACCUGGAAACUCCAAUGUCGGCAAAGAUGCAGAGGUUCUACGCGCUUUCUACCAACGACUCUUCCCCUUCAAGUACCUGUUCCAAUGGCUGAACCAUUCUCCAACCACAACAACCGAUUUCAGCAACCGCGAAUUGGCUUUUGUCUUGCCGAACGAUGCAUACAUUCGAUACCAGUCAUUCAAUACCGCCGAAGAUCUACGCAAGCAGUGUAUUCAGCUCACACCCACCCGUUUCGAAAUCGGACCCGUAUACUCAGCAAAUCCUCGCGACAGAAAAACACUGCGGAAUGCGAGCGCAUUCAGACCCCUCGCGAAAGAGCUUGUUUUCGAUAUCGAUAUGACCGAUUACGAUGAGAUCAGAACAUGUUGUUCUGGUGCAAGUAUCUGUCAGAAGUGCUGGCAGUUCAUAACCAUGGCCAUCAAGGUCAUAGACAAGGCAUUGAGAGACGACUUUGGUUUCAAACACAUCAUGUGGGUCUACUCUGGUAGACGUGGUGCUCACGCCUGGAUCAGCGACAAGCGAGCAAGAGAGAUGGACGACAACAAGCGCAGGUCAAUCGCUGGCUAUCUUGAGCUCCUCAAGGGAGGUGACAAGACAGGCAAGAAGGUCAACCUAAAGCGACCCUUGCAUCCACACAUCGACCGCAGUCUCAAGAUCCUGAAUGGUUACUUCCAGACAGAUGUGCUAUUAGAGCAAGACCCAUGGGCGUCACCCGACAAAGCUGCACACCUGUUACAACUCCUGCCAGACAAGAAUUUGACAGCUGCAUUGCAAAGGAAGUGGGACAGUACGCCACAUCGUAGCAGCAUCCAGAAAUGGGCUGAUAUUGAUGCCGUCGCUUCGGUCUCGGGAUCUCUUUCAAGCCUCACACCUGAAACGCUCGUACACGCCAAACAGGACAUCCGCCUGGAAUACACCUACCCUCGUCUCGAUGCCGAGGUUUCCAAGAAGCUCAACCAUUUACUUAAAAGCCCGUUCGUUAUUCACCCGGGCACGGGUAGGGUUUGUGUACCGAUCGACAUACGCCGUUUCGAGGAGUUCGAGCCGGAGAAGGUCCCGACCGUGCAACAACUCCUGUCGGAAAUCGACUCGUGGCAAGGCAAUGACGACAAAAUCCAAGAUUGGCAGAAAACGAGUCUGAAGCCCUACAUCGAGCUAUUUAGAGACCACGUGAACGCUAUCAUGAAGGAUGAGCGAGCUGCUGAGAAGCGAGGGCGCGAGGAAAGUGGGGAAGGUGUUGAUUUCUAG